AGCGCCGCCGUCAUGGGGCCGCCGCUCGCGCCGCUCGCGCCGCUCGCGCCGCUGUUUCUGCUGCUGCUUCUGCUGCCGCCGCUCCUGCCCGCCGCGCCCGCAUCCCUCGCCAGGCCGCUCCCGGGGCUGCUCGGCUGCUUAUUGGAAGAUGGCCUUUGCAGACUGUCCGAGACCUGUGUCAACGACGGAGUGUUUGGAAGGUGCCAGAAGGCUCCAGUGACAGACACAUACCGCUACGAAGUGUCGCCGGGGGUCCUGCAGCACCUGACGACCACCCUGCAGAAGCUGUCCCGUGCAGGUUUCACGUGGCAGGAUGACCACACCCAGCACGUGCUGGCCCAGGAGCUGUCACGCCUCCCCAGAGCCCACCUGCGGCGCCCCGGGGCCGCCUACCCCGCCAGGAGCUUAAAGCCAAACACCGACAACGAAAGGAGGCACCGUCUGGAGAGUGACCUCGCGCUGGCCAAGGCCCUUCAGCGCUACCUGCCGUACCUGGAGGUCCUGUCUCAGGCCACCGCCCCAGAUGAGCUCCCCAGGACACAGCAGGAUGGACGGCCAGCUCAGGGUGAGGACCCCCUGACCGACAGUGCGCUGACCUACGUGGACCAAACGUCGGCUCUGACCUACGCCCCUGCGUCCCGGGACGGGCGCCCUGUGGGCCACCCGCCGCAGCCCCUCAGCAGGCCCCAGCCUGACGAGCUCAGCCCCAAGGGGGAUGGCAGAGUGGACAAGCGGAACGUCCUUGGGCAGCUGAUGUUCUACUUGGCUUAUAGGCCCCCCUCACCCACCAAGAAGGGCCCCCUCACGCCUUACGACCUUAUGCGCAUGCCUUGGAGGGAACCCCAGAAACGGCUUUCGCCGCCAGAAGACCCCACCGAUGCCCCAGGCCUGGAUGAUGGAACUGUCCUUCAGGACCUGCUGGAGGCGCUGAGGCAGCACGGGGCCGAUGUGGAGACGCUGAGCCCCCGGGACCUUGACGAGGUGGCUCGCGUGCUCGCCGACGCCGUGCACGACCCCUGGAGAGGAGCCGAAGCGCAGCCCACGGAGCCGGCACACAGGCCGGGGGUGGCGCUCUUCGCAGAUGGCGACGAGGGCAGGGGCGGCCUGCGAGGUAACAGAGAGCAGGACAGUGAAGCUGGAGCUCGCGAAGAGGUCAGCCCUGUGAGCCUCAGACCCGGGCACGUCCUGCAGGACCCUGGGGCCCGACCCCUGCCCAGGGGCCCGCCUCCUGUGGGGAGCAAGAAGCCCGAAGGCCCCGACGCCUCCUUGUCUUCGGAGGAGGAUGCCGCCGGCGUGGAGAACGUGAGGAGCCAGACCUACUCCAAAGAGCUGGGGGAGCGGCCACCGCACUGGGAGCCCAGGGUCGACGGGCUCGGGGAGUCCCCACACUGGGUUCCGGGGGCCCCGCAGGAGGACCCGCGCCUCGGAGCAGGAGCUCGGGGACGCGCCGGCGACGGCCUGCGCCUGGAAGUCAAGUCUCCGGGGGAGGACUACGGCUACGUCAUGACGGACAGCGACCCCCUGAGCCUGCAGAAGGGGAAGGAGCUGCUGGAGGACGUCGCCCGCCUGCUGAAGGUGCCGCCGAGCGCCAUCACGGACACCGAUGUCCUGGGACCGGCAGUGACCUUCAGAGUGAGCGCCAACGUCCAGAACGUGACAGCGGCGGAUGUGGCUAAGGCAGCAGUCGACAACAAGGACGACCUGGAAAGAGCGUCCGGGCUGAGGAUCCUUCAGGCCGGAGUGGGCGCGGCGCACCUCUCGUCCUCUGUGCCUGUGAGGCGGACACAGCUCCCAGACGGGGAAGCAGACCCAGGGAAGCUGGGCGACGCCGCAGCGGCAGGCUUCCCCUCCCGGCAGCCCGAUGGGGCCCGGGCCUCCAUCCCCGAGCUGCCCCCGCAGCUCUGA